AAGGAGAAUGGGGGGACCAUGUGUCGCAUCAACAGCCCAAGGUCACAGGCCAAACAUUGAUUCAACACUCACAUCAACUCAACAACUACGGCAAUCAUCGCGCGACGUUUCCUACCCAUGGAACUUCCGCUCUCCAGCGGCCGCGAAUACUAACAACUGCAGAUUUACAGCAUCUUGCAGUGCAGUAAUACAGGUAAGACUUAGGUAGGUACCGUUUGCGAAAAGACAGGGUCAUCCUCUGUUUCCCUCCCGAUCAUCGUUGGGUCCUGGAAUCGUUGCGCAGUUAUAGCAUCAAAUCAUUUGACGAAUCCAUCAACGAUUUUAAUCUUUGUUACUCACGUAUUAUCGCCUGCGCCACCUUUCUUCAUCCCGCCUCCCGACAUUUCGAUAUCGCGACAACAGCCCCCCCCCUUUACAUACAUAUCGAUGCGAGAGAGACAAUAAACAACAACAAACACCAGCAAAUCAAUUAAACCACGCAAUAUGGCAGAGCCUCCAUCCUCCCCGCCAGGUCCUGGGGCCAGUGUCGAGGAUACCCUCGGCUGGUACAAGUCACAGUAUGAACAAUUAGAAUCCGAACUGGCCGAAUUCAGGGAUUCGAGUAGGGAGCUUGAGCAGGAGUUGGAGAAGGAUAUCGAGAGAGCAGAGAAGCAGGAGCGACAUCACCAAGAAAAAGCCGAAGCACUUGGUUUCGAGGUUGAGGAGUGGAAGGUAUGUCUACUCAUUCCCAACAGCCUCCAACUCUAAUCGGGCGGGACGUUUUUGGCUGACAAUGGCUCCGUCUCGUCGCACAGAGAAAAUAUAGAGAAUCGAAAACAGAGGCCAGCGCAUCCCAGAAUGCACUUGAGAAAGAAAUCACCACACUUCGAGACACAAACAGGACUUUGCAAAUGAAGCUGAGGGAUAUUGAAGUUGCCAACGAUGACUUUGAGCGACAGGCGCGCAACACCACGUCAUCUCUGGAAGAUAUGGAGUCAAAGUACAACCAGGCGAUUGAGAGGGCUGUCAUGAUGGAGGAGGAGAUCAAGAUUGGCGAGCAGGAGCGUGAACAACUACGUAUCGAGUCACAGCGCUUGCGCGAGGAACUGGGCGACCUCAAGAUUGAAGCAGAGCUUCUGCAGGACAAGAUCAAGAAACAGGAGUCUCGUCACCUGUCCACCAUUUCAACCGACCUUUCUAUCCUCGAGUCGCCAACUUUCGAUCACCCCGCCUCUCCCGGCUCUACAGCCAGCUCUCCUCUUAUUACCACGCCUCCAGAUUCUAAGUCGCCUGUACCAGACGAGGACACUCUUUCCGAACUUCCUGACCCGCCUUCGCCUCCUAUGUCUGAUGUCUCUGGAACUCUUCCCAAGAUGGCAUCGAGAACUCCCGCUACUUCCAGAGCGUCUGGUCGUUCUCGUUUGCCCUCGUCCGACAACAGUGUUACUCCCAAGCCUCGAUCUAAACCUCCUACCAAGACGACCCGUGCGCCUGGUAGCCGUAUCUCGACUGGUGGCACAACGACAAUGCGCACGCCAGCCAACCGUGCCGUUGGGCCUCGCUCGGCUUCUCACAAACUUCCUGCCUCUAACUCGCUCACCCAUAUUCGAACUCUUACCGCUCAGAUGCAACGCCUCGAGGCUCGUGUGCACUCCGCGCGAUCUAAGCUUCCCGGGCCGACUCGCACUCCACCUCGCGCCUCACCUCGAACGUCGGUUUAUAGCUCUACGAAUGUGCCUUCGUCGGUUACGAUCCGUUCUCGUAAGCGCACUGGUGGCUCUACCGCAUCUUCAGUUGCAGGCGACGACAUGACACCAACCACCGGUAUUCCAACACCAGCAACCAAGGGAAGCCAUGUGCCCCGUCUUAGCACGUCUGGGGUUAGCCGCUUAUCGUUUGGCCCAUUGCCGAACCGUGGAGGUCCGGAGGAGAUCAGCAGGCCGAGCUCACGUGCUAGUGUCACUUCGUAUGCCCGACCGCCCUCAAGAACCGCCGGAGAAAUGAUCCCACGACCCGUUUCAAGGGCAUCACUCUCGGGAACCCGAACACCCAUGGGCCGACCUCGCUCCUCGAUGGGAGGAUCGAUUCAUGGCCACUCUGCCAGCAUUAGCCACCUGGACCUAGAGGAAGAGGAUGAGGGAGAGUUCCGAACGCCAAGCCGCAGGGGUACAUACUCGAACGGUGAAGGCAGCGCUAUCCCCAUGCCAACAAUUCGACGCCAGAGCGGGAGCCGAAGGAUAAGCGCCAAUACAAUGAGGUCCAGUGUAUCCGGCCCAAGGAAGCUGAGCGACCUGGGAGAGACCUACUAAACAGUUGUAUCCCACAAAAUUCUACGACGAUCCCAGGUCGUUUAUAUUCUUUGACAUGGUUUUACUUUGCAAGCGGUUCGAGCGGUUUACGCAAAUCAAAUUGGUCGCAUUUCACCUCAUCAUUGAUAUCCGUUUCUACAAAACAUAAGGGGUAGCAUGGACGGUUCGGCAUACUUUUACGGCUGGCGCUUCAAGGCGGCGAAGACGGUGUUGACGAUGGUUACGGAAUUCCACUUCUUGCUCUCUGGCAGACUUCGUUACUAAUAUUUCUGCUUCUUUGGGUACAUGGGAUUUCGGCACCGGGGUUUACGGAUGUUAUGAAGACAUGGAUGGCAUUGUUAUUAUUUUUUCUUUUGUUUUUCUAGAAGGGAAGGGCCUGGCUAGGUGUACAUAUGUCCGAGUCACAUAUCCGUAUUUGCUGUAUCGGCCGGGCCUGGAGGGACGGGGGUGUACCGCUCCAAAAGCGAGUCAUCGACCGGGCAAACCAACUUGGAUGGUCCUUAUUUUAAAAAAACGGCUUGCGAGAUGGGAGCGGGUAAUACUGGGGAAGAGUUGAUGCGAGGCUACCUUUACUUUUCUCACUGAAGUAAGGUUGCUCGCGGGGGAGGGCGGACAUCAGUGGGGAGUCGUACGAUGUCUGACAAGGCUGAGGCAACGGCCCGCGGGCUAGAUUAGUCUGGUUGCCUUGUGAUCUUGAAUUAUUUAUCUAUUUUCUUUCCUUUGUGCAAAUUGGAGUAGGAGGAGUGAGAGGGAGGUGUAGAUACAGACUGUGGAGGCGUAUCAUACAAUAUCUUAGCUUUAGCUUGAGGACUGGGGAGUUGGAGAUGAAACCCAGUCUAGAUACGCCCAAUACAUACCGAUAACUUCAUGGUGGUUUAAGAGUGUUAAAUGUGAAGGUUAAAGUAGCACCGUCUUCAGUAAUACUGAUUUCGUAUCAACAUUUGAUAUGAAAGAAGUUGA